CCAGUAAUUCAAAAUGGCGGCGGCUGAUAGAAAGGAGAAGAAAAGUAUAUUUGAUAUAUCAAAGUUCCUUGAUAAAGGCGUACGAGUGAAGUUCCAAGGAGGCCGAGAAGCUAGUGGGAUUCUUAAAGGAUAUGAUGCACUCCUCAACCUAGUGUUGGAUAAUACCACAGAAUAUAUCAGAGAUCCUGAUGACCCACUGAAACUAACCGAUGAAACCAGAAGUCUUGGUCUAGUAGUCUGUAGAGGAACUGCCGUCGUACUAGUAUGUCCAGUAGAUGGCAUGGAGGCAAUAGCGAACCCCUUUAUACAACAAGAAUAGACAAUAGCAUGGCUAAAACAUGUUUAUACCAUAUACUGCUUGCUUUAUUUUUCAUUCUCUCGUAUUGAUCACCCUGUGUUGAGCUAAGUCUUUACCACAGGCAAUUCCCAACUUAAGCCUUCCCUUCUGUAUGUUUCUUUGCCCCUCUUAUAAAGGAGUAUCAUGACAGCCAUGUUAUAACAGGGGUAAAGACAACAGCCAUUCCUCAUUUCUGGCUUAAAGGUACUGUUCAAAAUGACUGGCAAGAUUUGCCUAGACGAGUUCGACAAUACCAUUCUUCGUUUACACAUCACGACUGCCAUCUUUGUUGAAUUUAGCAAAGAAAAAAAAUGAAUUCCGAUGAAUUCUUUUGUUAUAUCUCCCAACAUGGCCACCAUGUCUUUUGUUAUUUCACUCCCUUGGGAAUGAUUGAAAACCAGCAAUGCUUUGGGAAAGAAAAUUCUUCCAGUUUACUCGGGACAAAAGGGUGUGGUACAGCCAAAUUUUUUCUCCUUUAUUCAACAAAUAUUUACGAUAUAUUGACACAUGAUUGUCACUGGAUGGCAUGCAAAAAAAUUGGACUUCCUUUCUUUAAUUUUUUGCUGGAUUACUAACGUCGUAUCCAAAACCUUUUCAAAAAUACUUUUUUUCCCUUAUAAGAUACUUUCCAUUUAAAGAUACGAAGCAAUUUAAAGUUUGUUUGUCAUCCAGCAAAGCCUUCUCCAAGGGACCUUGAGCUGAACUGAUUCAUUAGCAAAGUCAUGUAUCAGCAUGUGACUGUUUGAUGCAAAGGGCCUAUUACAUGGCUGCCCUGAAAUUCUAGGUACCACUCUCCUCUCAUAGUUUUAAAACCACAGGAAUCCUAUUAGAGACUGAUUUAUCUAAGUUGCUUUCAACUAGUGACAAUUUGAUUAAUUGUUGUAUUCCUAUACAAGAAUCCUAGUCAAAAUUAUCAAAUAAAAUGCCUACUCUAGCUUCUAAAUAAAAGAGCUUUUCGUAUUGAUUAGGAAUCUUUAGUUUCUAAAAUUCACUUAAAACAUUAUGGAUUGUAGAUAAUGGCUGUGUCCACACUGGGGCAUUAACUAUAGUUUAGCUUAGUUAAAUGACGUAAUACAAACUAUAGUUAUACUAUUUCAUAUAUGGUUUAAGUUCCAUUGUUUUACCUUAUUGACCAGCAUAGCAACUAACAAUAGUUAAUUAAACAGAAGAGAGGUCACAUUGGUUUUGAAGUUAACAAUUGUUAGAAUUGGCUGAACUAUUAUAGUUAAACACCCCAGUGUGGCCACAGCCAAUAUUGUUUAAACUUUUUUGUAAAAUAUAGCAACAGAAUACAAACAAGUUUGACAGUUAUA